UUCAUUGCAUAUGUUUGAAUCAAAACAAAACAAGAUCGACUCGGGCCCCUAAAAAAUUAAAUUAUUAAUGUUUCAUAAAUUAUAUACUAGAUUUUUUUUUGUAUUUAAUUUUUGUUAGAAUCAUGUUUCGUUCCUAUUAGGGUGUUCGCAGCAGAAUGACUUUACAAUUGAGUAUAUUAACCCUCAACAUUUGGGGAAUUCCGUAUGUGUCGAAAGAUCGCACUGUUCGGGUGGAUGCCAUCGGUGAUGUACUGGCCAGCGGCAAAUACGAUGUUGUUUCGCUCCAGGAAGUUUGGUCAGACAGUGACUAUCAGACUCUGAGGAAACGCGCUGAGGCAGUACUCCCAUUUGCUCAUUACUUUUAUAGCGGUGUGGUAGGUUCCGGUUUGGCAAUACUAUCCAAAUAUCCAAUUGUUUCGGCAUUCUUCCAUUCAUGGUCAGUCAAUGGUUAUGUGCAUCGCAUUCAGCAUGGCGAUUGGUUCGGAGGAAAGGGAGUCGGGCUGGCUAAGAUUGCUGUCGGCGGCCAGUUGGUACAUGUCUAUGUUGCUCAUCUCCAUGCUGAAUACAAUCGAGAGUGUGACGACUAUAUGGCACAUCGUGUGAUUCAAGCGUAUGAUACAGCUCAAUUUAUUGAAAGUACCAGAGGAAACGCGGCGAUGCAAAUAUUGGCAGGUGAUUUGAAUACCGAGCCGGGAGAUUUAGCCUACAGAGUCCUGCAGACAAGUUCGAAACUGACAGAUUGCUGUGAAGAAAAUACACACGCCAGUGUCCAUCUGCGAACAAACGAGGUAGCGAAGAACAGUUAUACCGACAAAGAAACUGCCAAACGAUUCCCCAAUGGAAAAACAAUCGAUUAUAUUAUGUACCGAUUCGGGGAUAAUCAUAAGGGACAACUGCUGGAAUACAAUCUUCCGCUGGCGGAGCGAAUACCCGGCAAGGAUAUAAGCUAUUCAGAUCAUGAAGCUGUUCAUGCUAUGAUAAAGAUGGAAAAGGUAGAUUCCUCGGUAUUUCAACAACAGUCUUCUCGCAGUAACGGAACAUGCAAGAACUACAACGAGGAAGCUAUUCUUGCGCUGGAGGAAAGCAUCGCCAUUUGCAACGAAAGUCUUAAGCAGCUGGAGUCACAUAAACGCAGCUACACGCUCAUGGCAAUUGCCAUUAUCAUUGUAUUGCUCAACAUGCUAGAACUAGAAGCUCCAUACGGACUCAAAACAGCCUAUCUGUUGCUGAAAUUCAUCCUCUGUGGUAGCAUUAUCUUCUUCGCCUUUAUGGCCACAAUCUGGAACCUGAUGGAGAAACACGGCAUACUCGCAGGAAAAUUGUCGAUGGAGGUAGCGCUCAGAGGACAUCAAGCUGUGCAUGACUCAGUUGGAGACACCAGUAUUGCUCACUGAUUUUAAUAUUCUAAAAACAUUCCAUCCCAUGAUGAUAUGGAUGUAAAAUACAGUUUUUAUGUUUGAUCGACUAACCAAACACCCUAAAGUAUUCCAAUGUAGUGUAACUAAUAAAUUGACAAUCUCAUCAGCCCCUUAA